AGGCAAAAACUAAGUAAAUUAGAGUAAAUUGAUGGGCUUUUAGUGUCACAGAGACAUUUAUGUAAGUAAAUAUGUGAUAUAUGCACUUAAAUGCUCCCCCUUGUAACUAUAAAAGAAAUGUAUAGUAUGUAUUUAGGUGAAUGGAAAGAAAGCAGCUAGAUAUACAAAUUAAACACUAAUUGACCUCUUUGGGAAAAUUUUAAAUUCAUUUCUCCUUAAUAGCGUAAUCAUAAUAUUGCUAUUAUUUUAUUUUAAACAAAUGUUAUUAUUAUCACUAUAUAAAGGGGGCGCCUGCAGGUCUCUAGACAAAGGAGGUCCCCUAGCUAGGCUCAUUGCUCUCUCUGUUACCUUCACUGAUCUCAAGAUGUCUCAACUUAGUCACAUAUUUGUUCUAUAUGUUCUUAUUCAUGCCCAUCAAAGUCUAGGAGGCCGGCUUCAUCCUAACAAUCAGGAGGAAAAUGCUGGUACCUCACUUGAGCUCGUGAGUAUGAAGGAAAAAGCUACAAACCUACAAGAUACGAAUCCAUAUUUCAACUUUUCACAUAAGCUACUGAAAUCUGUUUGGAUGUCCAAUGGACAAGACUUGGCACCAGAUGACGAUGGUGCGGUAAUGUCAUAUUAUGCCGCACAUCAUACUCAAGAACGUGCGAGUGGAUACUAUGGAUUAGUUGCCACAAUGGACGUGUAUGGGCACAAUCUUAAUGUUGACCAACUCACCAUGGGGGCAAUUUGGAUUAUUAACUCAAAUGGACAUGUGUCUAACGUCAAUGCAAUUACUGUUGGAUGGUUGGUUUGGCCAUCUCACUUUAACGACUCGCGCACAUACCUUUUCACGGAGUGGAUAAACGACAGUAAUGGUCAAACGAAAGGAUGCAUGAACGGGGAUUGUAAUCCAGGUUUCCAGUUCGUAAGUGGAUCCCCCAUAUUUCCAGGUGAUGUCCUGGACCCAGUUUCUCAACCCAACAAUGCACGUCAAAAUCUCACUAUUAAAGUUUUCAAGGAGAAAUCAAUGGGAUAUUGGUGGGUACAUUGCGGCUUCAACAGCGACCCGGUUCCAGUAGGUUUUUUCCGGGGCACACUAUUUGACAGCUUAUCCAGCAAAGCAACUAAAAUUUUGGUCGGUGGCUACACUACCAAGUACAAAAAAGACGUUCCAUCUCCUCCAAUGGGCAGUGGAGCAUCGGCCUCCUCAGACACGAGAAAGGCCGCUUUGGUACGUGACAUUCAAUUCAUUGACGAGGAUGGCAAUUCCACUCCGAUCGGCGAUGAUGAUAUGCUUGCCACAAUAGUGGACAACAGGCUUUACUUCGCCUUGCCUAUUGCUGGAGGCCAAUUCUCUUACGGAGGGCCGGGGGGUUAUGCAUGAUGCAUGAAUAAAAGCAAUUUUCACUACUUCAGCUUCUCCCAAUGCUAAACCUUUAUAUUAGGGAGUGCCUAUGUGUAAAUUAUCAGUCCGUGUGUGUCCGUGUGUGUGUGUGUGUGUGUGUGUGUGUGUAAUUUGAAAUUUUAAGUACAGUUAUCAAAAUAGCAUGUGAAAUUUUUAGAAAAUUGUGGGUGAAAAUUUUAA